AUGUCUUUAUUGCCAUCAGUGGAGGUAGUACCGUGCAAAUGGCCUGAGUUAGAAGCCAUUUCUUUAGCAGAUCCAGAGUUCCACAUGGCAAACAGGAUAGAUGUCCUGCUUGGUGCCGACGCCUAUGCUCAGGUGUUGAGAGAAGGCCUGGUAAAGGGUCCACCCGGUGGGCCAAUGGCUCAAAAUACAGCACUAGGCUGGAUUUUAUCAGGCAAGAUUUCAUUAACUGGUGACAGCAUCAGUUGCCAUCAUGCAGUUAUUAGUUACCAAGACCAGGCAGACGAAAACGCACUACUGAAACAAUUUUGGGAAAUUGAAUCAGUAAUUCCUGGUACACAGAAAAUCCUUUCUGAAGAAGAACUGCGGUGUAAAGAGUUUUAUUCCCAAACGGCUCGUCGAGAUGAAGAUGGUCGUAACGUUGUGAAGCUUCCAUUCCGUGAUGAUGAUCCAAAAUGCCAGUAUGGUAAUACUAAGGCGCUGGAACUCAAGUGGUUUCUGCAUCUGGAACAAAAAUUCAAAAGGAAUCCUGAAAUAGCAAAGAGAUAUUCUGCGGUAUUUCAUGAAUACAAGGAGCUUGGUCAUAAAGAGCGCGUACCUGAAGAUGAUCGCGAGGUCAAAAUUGCGGUUAACUUACCUCACCUUAGUGUAAUACGAGAAGUAAUAGUGUAA